AUGCGAAUCUUCGAUCUCAGUCCGGCAAACAUGACUGCAACGGUGGGAUUGGCGUGUGCACGAGGCACAAAGUGGAUGAAGCCAGAAACCUGGAAGAAAUUGAAAAGGAACAUGUCUUUUCGUGAAGGCAUUCCAACUGGACACAAGAUGACCACAUACUUUAAAGUGAUGGGAUCGUGUGAGACUUACGUAGACAUUCACGCAAGCGCCGACACGGACGUUCUUCUGGAUGGACGUGGCGACCAGGCGCCAAUGUAUCGGCCUUUGGAGGGAACACUUUUUCGCGUACCUGACGGAGAACGGGUGUUCCUCGAAUUGGUUGCAGGCUCGGGCCUGGGCAUGUGCUUGCCCAGGACGCAAAAUGUUAAGCACAUGAGCCUUCAUCCCCUACCUGACAAAUGCCAGCAUCUCUCUGUAUCAUGCAGUGAGUUGGAUUUUCUAUAUCCUGGACUGACUGAGUUUACUGAGGAAAACGACACGGCAACCUACGAGGUAGGUCUGCGAUCGGGUAACGAGGGGAAGUGCUGGAUUCGCUCCAUCUUUUACCACCGUUCGUAG